CCUAAGCCUUAGCUAAAUCUCACUUAAAUCUCACUUAAAGCACCCCUAUCGCCUACCCCUAUCGCCCUAUCGUGGGGUGCGCCUUAACCACUAAUCCGCUGGCCGCUAACAAUUGCCUGCCUCCCUCGAAUAAUAUUCACCCCGUUAAACACCACGGUUGAAUUUUAUCUGCAGUAAAAAGGCAUAUCAAAUAUCAAAAUGGCAGAGACGAUUGAUGAGCCCAUCCAGCUCUCAUUCCCCCUACCGCGGUCUUUGGAUACGAGGAUUCAUCUGCGCUUGGACAUAAAAUCAAAAGUCAUCAUGUUAUUUCUCACAACUGUAUCUGCAGAUGAGGAAGAUCAAGCAGUACCAAUGGGAUCUUUCGUCUACGCCUUACCUGACAAAUACAACCCAAGCCAGCCGCUUUCAACAACUAUCUUCGCUGUAGAAGCUACGCUCGAGUUUACUACUCGCCUAGCUAAAAUCCUAGUCAAGAAGACGCAAAUGCCAGUAUAUGUGGGCAAUUCCAUCAGCUUUGCCAAUACUGGACUAGGAGGCACGGUAGAGGAGGAAAUGGAGGCUCUCAAAAGAGUCGUUGAAAUUUCACUUGAUAAACUCCAAGGCGUUGUCAAAUCGCCCGACGUCCUACCAAAUGGAACGGGUAGUUCUUAAGAAUGCCGUUGGCAUUGUACGGCAACUAGGUACUCUUGAGAGCAGAUGCAUACCUCUCUCCUAUGCGGAAUCUCAACCUGUGGCCACGGCAUUUCGAAAAUCAAAAUCGGGUACGCGGAAUACUUGAAAAGUUAUCCAGGGCCUACCGAGAUACGAGCUUCUAGAAACCGAUAACUCAUACUACGUAACCCGUUGGGGGGCUGCUCGAGCAUGGAGUGUCAGUCACAUCGAUCAAGGGAUUAUAGACUCAUAUUAUGAUCUCCGAGUGCGUAUGAAUGACGAUAAUGUAGGUACGAGUUACUACGUGAGGCUUUUCUAUUAGGAUAUACAUACAUUGAGACCUUCGUAAGUAAUACGAUGGCUUUCAAUCAAGCCUUGACAACUGUAAUGAAUUAUCUACCCGGUAUCGAUCCGUGACGUAGGUAGGUAUCUCUGCUAUGAUGAAAUUACCUUUGCCCAUCUCGAAGCUGGUACACUCUUACACUUAUUUAUGUCUUUGUUUGGCUUUAACAUGAUUACUACACGGCCGAAUCCAGGGGCCUUGCCUCAGUUUCACUGAACUAGGUUAUUUUAGACUAUAUAAAGCAC